GGCAGGUCACAUGACCCUGAUGUCAGCCUUUACAGCUGCGCCGAUGCUAACUCGUCCGCGGAAAGCAGCAUUAGAGCAUCACAAACCCCGGCAAAUGUAACAAAGGCAGGCGACGGACAUUAAAAGCAGAGACGCUUCUGGGGUUUUGUCACCACACUUGACAUCAAUACAGCUCGGCGGACGGUUAUUUGAGGCGCUAACGUUAGCAUAGCCACCUAGCAACCUCGCACUGUGUGUUUUGCAGAGAAGCUGGUAAACAUGAAGCUCUGUCGUGUUCAGUGCGCGGUGCUGAUCAUUCCACUGGUUUUGGCUCUCCUGCAUCCGAGCGACGCGUCAGAGCCUGAGCCCAGCAAACCUGAGCGCGGACUCUACCACGUGAGCAGUAACGGCAGCAUGUGCCUGCUGGCCUACAUGGCUCUGCAAUUCAACCUCACCUACGACUCGCCCUCCAUGAACAAGACGGUGCACAACCUGGUCAACCUGAAUCCCAACGCCACGACCACCUCUGGGUCAUGUGACAAUGACAGCGCAUUCCUGAGGCUUUCUGCUGACGCGGAGAAAAUGAACCUGACCUUUCACUUCAGCCUGAACACGACUUCCAACAAGUACCACUUGAAUGAAGUGAUUCUCACCGCCGUCUGGCCCGACACCAAGGAAUCUUUCACCGCCCAGAACGACAGUCUGGACUACCUGCAGGGAACUCUGGGCUUCUCCUACAUGUGCCGGGAGGAGCAGACUCUGGAUGUGGACCAACACCUGUCCAUCAACACCUUCCAGUUGCAAGUCCAGCCAUUCGGACUCGCAGAAAAUCAGUUUGGAGCAGCUGAGGAGUGCCAACUGGAUGAAGACGACAUGUUGAUCCCGAUCAUUGUGGGCGGAGCUCUGGCCGGACUGGUCCUCAUCGUACUCUUGGCCUACCUCAUCGGCCGGAAGCGCAGCCACGCUGGAUACCAGACCAUCUGAGUUGGCCUCACUCCCAGCCCCUCUUCUCUCUCUUCCCUUUAGAAACACAUCAGUCUCUGUAAACUCGCUAACACUACAAACUCUCUGCCUUUCCGCGUGCUUCUCUUCCGCCCUCACCGUUAAGUCCUUUCCCCUGCAUGUUGGCGGAUGACUGGCACUUUCCGAACUUGACCUGCUUCUCAUUUUUAUUUAAAAAAAAAAGGGACUAAAUUGUAACAAAAGUGGAAAAUCCUAACCAAACCUCAGAUUGUCUUAUUUUUUAUCAUCUCGGUCUAAAAAAAAGGAUUGUUGGAAUGAAGGGAACUUUGGUCACUGGUGUUUUCAGUGCUUAUUGAGAUAAAAAGGGAGCUUCACGAGCAGUUGGAUUCUCAGGUCUCGAGGAAUUCUACAUCAAAAGAAAUGAAAAAUGAAGAUUUAGUUGCAGACAGGUAAACCUCAGGAUAUGGUGUUGAAAGGUUUUAGCACAGACUAUCUAUCACAUUUCAUAUUGAACUGUAAAAACGUAAAACCCGCCUCUUACUAAAACCCACUGUUACAAUGGAGAGGAAGUUAAGUCGAGGCACCAACGCCCCCCUCUGGUCAGGGAUCGUUGGUGCAUGCAGCUGUCUUGCAUUGGCCUGUUUUGGGGACUGUUACCUGCGUCGCCUUCAUGUACAGAAUGGUAUUAGAAUAAAACAUGAGUGGGAAGUACUUGUACAUAUUUUUUGUUUGUUUUUUUUUACGUUUACAUCUGCGUCACCUCUAAUCAUGUUGUGAUUUAUUGGUUUUAAUUGUUUUCUAAAGAUCAAUAAAAGUGAGUGAACCGAAAG